UAGGACUGGGCACCCUCCCCUUCAAAUCUCCAGGCAUAGGGGAGGGAUGGGGCACAGGACUGAGGAAAGGGGAUCGAAUUCUAUUUUCCCCAACAGCCCAGUGAAUGGCCCUCUUCUGGGUCCUCAAAGCCUUAUUGGGAGAACUGGAAGAUCCAGUUACCCAGCUUCCCUCUCCCAUUUCCCCCCAAAUACCUGGGCUAAGAAUUUAGUAGAGUGUAGAAGGCAAGCCUGGUAAGGAGAGGCCAGCCAGAGAUUCGGACAUCUCUCCUGUCCAUCAGGGAAGCAAGAAUCGAGGUGGCCACAAUGGCGGCCGGGAUGUCCUUCUUCCUCUUCCUGACUUUCCUGGGCACCUCACAGGCAACAGGGCCAGGAAUGACUUUGCAGCUGAAACUAAAGGACUCCUUUCUAGCAAAUUUCUCCUACAAUUCCAGCUUCCUGGAAUUGCUUGAGAAGCUCUGCCUCCUCCUCAACCUCUCAUCAGGGACCAACAUCACCCUACAUCAUGCAGGAUCCCCACACCAUGUCACCUGCAGAGUCUAAGAACCAUCGAAAACUGUGUCCCCCUCUUGGCCCAGGCAUUUGGCCACCGAAGUACAAGAGGGCUGCCCUAACCCUGAGUGGUAGUAAAUAUGCUGAAUUCAAUGA